AUGGAAACGCCGAGGGGGAGGAGGGGUGGAGCGCUGGGAGGGGGAGAGGGACAGUUUGUUUUGUUAUUGAAGGUCACGUGGCCAGGUGAAGCUCCGCCCCCCGUUACCACCGAUUCAACCGUCGCGAGCUGCUGCUCCGGUCAGUUACUACAAAAUGGCUGCAGAGGCUCCGCCGCCGACGAGAACCUCCUGAACGCUUCACGCUGUGAGAAGAAGCAGAAAACACAAGAAGAGAACCAUUUGAUGGAAGAUAAGAAAAAGAAAAAGCAAGACGAGAAGAAAAAGAAAGAAGGUGCUCAGAAAAAGGCCACAGAACAGAUAACCAAAGUGCCAGACUCUGCCAAGCCGGACCCCGCCCCUCCUCUUCCCCCCGUCAACCCCAGUGCCGCCCCACCUGCACCCUCGAGCAGUGGCAAUGGCAAGCGCGCCCCAUCCGGAGGUCAGCCGCAGACAGCUCAGCAGCCCCAGACUCCGCUCCAGCAGCGCUACCCGCCCAGAGAGGUUCCCCCACGCUUCCGUCAGCAGGAGCACAAGCAGCUGUUAAAGAGAGGCCAGCCUCUUCCCCCGGGGACUCUGGCUCUCACCAAUACGGGACGUCCCGCCACUACUGAACCUGCAGCAGCAGUAGCCAUACACUCCUCUCCCUCCUGCUCCUCUCCCUCCACAGCCAGCCUUGCUACAGAACUGCCCCCACAGAGUGGCCAGGGAGCCCAGUAUGAGAAUCCCCUCUGGGGACACCUGCCAGCCAACAGGAGUGCCACAAGUGCUGCAUCUUCCACCAAUCUCAGUGGCUGGGAUCAAUUGAUCAUUGACCAGAAGGACACAGAGGCUUGGCCUUCUAUUACCCUCAGCCAGAGCCAGGCCCCUCCAGGAGGAUGCCCUUUGGACACUGACCCUGGUCGCCUGACCAGCAGCAGCAGCAGCAGUAGUACUAGUAGUAGUUGUAGUACAGUGAUUAUGGCCACAGGGGCUAAUAGCCAGACUGGCCACUUCCCUGCCAACCAACUUAGCAGCAAGGCCAACAGUGGGCCCAGCCCUGCCAGUCAUACUGGAACCAGCAUGCUCUCCAGCCAAGUUGCAGCCAGUCGCAGCUGGGGCUCUGGGCCUGGACCCUCCCAUUGCCCUCCUCAGUCCUCAGUAGGGAGUGAAGGGAAGAGUGACAACCCAGUGGGGGGAGGAGGCAGCAGGGGCUGGGGCUCUUCUUCCUCAUCUUCCACCAACAACUUUAACUUGAACCUAAACCCUUCAGCCAACCCUUCAGCCUGGCCUGUGCUAGGGCACGAUGGGGGCGGCACAGGGGGAGGCAGCUCAGGGGGAGCCAACACCAUUUCAACUCCUCAACCCACACCCAAUCUCUGUAAUCCAUCUGGCCCCCCACCAGCCCAGACCAGCACUUGUACUGGAGCCAACACUAACAGCAACUCCUCUGUGAUUGGCAGCGCCUGGGGUAGCAUGAUGGCCUCUGACUCCUCAGAGCCUCACUCCUCCCCAUCCACGAAUGUGUCUUUCAGUUCAGAACCUCAGAACCUUAAAACUGAUGGACCAAAUCACACUAAUAAACAGGAACCCCCCAGCCCUAUCCGCAGCCUGCCUGGCUGGGGUAGUGCACCUGUAGGAUUAAGUCCCAUGGGCCAGCCCUCAUUGGGGGGCCCACAGGUCAAUGGAGAAGAAGGUAGCUCAGUAUGGGGUAACAGUGAUGACUCAAAAGCAUCUUCAUCGAAGGAGGCUUCUGGCUGGGACUCUGGCUGGGGCGAUGGAGGUAGUGGAGCAGGAAACUCUGGAGGCUGGGGGGACCAGCCUGGGAGAUGUUGGGGAAAGCAGCACACUGAAGAGACUCAGGGGGGCUGGGAUGCCCCCAGCUCUCCUCCCCAGGAUGCACAGGGUAGUCCCUGGAGCAGAGCUGUAAGCACAGCUGGUGCCAGUGAAGGGAGCAGUGACAGCAUGGAAGGACAUCCCCGGCAAAGAGAGCGUUCAAGCAGAGCGGCUCCUCUGCUGCCCGCUCAGGAUCUGGACCCCAGGGUUUUGUGUAACACUGGCUGGGGACAGACCCCUGUUCGUCAACAUACCUCCUGGGACAUGGAUGAUACUAAAGGCAAGAAUGAAGGCUCUGAAUCAUGGGGCUCCGGCCCUAGCACCCCAAGUGACACCCAAGGGCCCUCCAACACUAGCAUGGGCCCCUCACAGAGGACUGACCCUGGGAGCAAAACUGAUGUGCCUGGUUCUCAGGGAGCUUCAGGUUGGGGUGGAGGCAUAUCAGCAUCCAGCCAGCCCAGCUCUGGUUGGGGAGAGCAACCCAACAGCAUUAAACCCCAGAGUGGCCCCAGUGGUUGGGGGACUCCUCCAACAGCAGGCCCCCCAACCGGUAUGGCCAAGAAUGGGGGACAGGCCUGGGGAGAGGAGAAGUCUACUGGAUGGGAUGAUCCUCAAAUCAAGACAGCAUCCCAGGGCUGGGGAGAUCAGCCCAAAUCGUCUCACAGCUGGGGCAGCAGUGGAGGGAGCAAUAAUUCAGGGGACUGGAGAGAAGCAGAAGAGAGCAAGAAGAGUCCCACCAACCCGGGGUGGGAUGGGGAAGCAGGAGGCUUGAAGGAAAACCCUCGGGGUUGGGGAAUGUCUUCUUCAGGACCUGGGAUGUCUGGAGCCGGAGGGAACGGGGGCUGGGGUGAGCCAGUCUGUCAGCGCCCCAGUGGUCCUCCCCAAGGUUGGGGGAGCAAGCCCCAGGAUGGGCCCAGUGGAAGUAGCGGAGGAGGAAGCAUGGGCUCUUGGGGUGGCUCAGGCUCUGUGAAGCAGGGCAGUGGCUGGGCUGGAAACAAGCAGGAAUCCUCAACUGAGCCCACCGGCUGGGAGGAGCCCUCUCCGCCCUCAAUCCGCCGUAAGAUGGAGAUAGAUGACGGGACUUCAGCUUGGGGCGAUCCCGGUACCUACAACAAAGCAGUCAACCUUUGGGACAGGAACAAUCCAGGAAUGUCCCAGGCCAAAGUCCCUCCUGGAGGCAAUAACCCCCUUGGCUCCAACAACAACCACCCCCCUUCUCACAAUCACAACUAUCACGGGCCAUCUGCACCUUUACAGAACCACAACCAGAACUCCCAAAACCAAGGGCCAACCAGUGGACCUAUGGAUCCUGUUGUACCACACCAGUCUGGACCAUCCCACAAUCGGGGUCCCCUGAUAAGUCAAGGUUGGGGAGAGCUCCCCAGCUCCCACACUAAAUCAGAGAGCUCGUGGGGAGAACCUGCACCCGCUCCAGUCAGUGUGGACAACGGGACGUCUGCCUGGGGCAAACCUACGGGCAGCUGUGGAGGCUGGGGGGACAACAACCCUGACAGCUACGGCAGGGGCAACCCGGCGAUGAUAUCUGCAUCUUGCAAACCUGCCCCCAAACCUAUGCAAGAUGGAUGGGGAGGUGGAGGUGAAGAGCUGAACCUGUCGGGGGGUCAGUGGGAUGCUGAGGACGGAGACAUGUGGAACAGCACUGCCUCCCAGGAAAGCAACUCCUCCUGCAACUCCUGGGGCAAUGCAUCGAAAAAAGCCCCACAGAAGGUUAAAGUUCCAGUGAAGCAAGAAGAUGCCUGGAUCAUGAACCGUCUCAUCAAACAGCUCACAGAUAUGGGCUUCCCUAGGGACCCAGCAGAGGAGGCUCUGAAGAGCAACAAUAUGAACCUGGACCAGGCCAUGAGCGCCCUGCUGGAGAAAAAGACGGAGCUAGACAAGCGAGGCAUGGGGAUAACCGGCCAUGACUACAACAACGGGCUCAUCAACAAGCCCAUGAGCUGCCCUCGGCCUCCGCUUCUUUCCAAAGAUCCCUCAGCAGACCCCCGCUUGCCCUUCAUGGAUAAGCAGAUGCAGAGUGGAAUGUUUGGCGGUGGUGGAGCAGCACAAGCCCGGGCCAUGCAGCAGCCUCAGCCGCCUCCUCAGCCGCCAGUGCCGCCUCUCAGUUCCUCUCAGCCUAGUCUACGUGCUCAAGUGCCUCAGUUUCUCUCCCCUCAGGUUCAAGCACAGCUCUUACAGUUUGCAGCAAAAAACAUUGGUCUGAAUCCUGCACUUUUAACCUCACCAAUAAACCCUCAACAUAUGACCCUUCUGAAUCAACUUUACCAGCUGCAACUGGCAUACCAGCGUUUACAAAUUCAGCAGCAGAUGUUGCAGGCGCAACGUAACGUUUCUGGCCCCAUUCGACAACAAGAGCAGCAAGUUGCACGUACAAUCAACAACAUGCAGCAGCAGAUCCAGCAGCACCAGCGUCAGCUGGCCCAGGCUCUGCUGAUGAAGCAGCAGCAACAACAGCAGCCACCCCCGUCCCACUCUGGCCUUCAUCCUGGCGGGGCUAAAUCCACCCUGGAUUCAUUUCCAGGUCACCCCCAGGCUCCAGGCCUCCCUGACCUGCAGACCAAAGAGCCGCAGUCAUCUCCAAACACCUACAGCCCCUACUCUCUCUCUGGACUGAAUCAAAACAUGAAUGUAAACUGCAUGGAGGUGGGAGGUCUGUCCCUGAAGGAUCCUCCUCAGCCUCAGUCCCGCCUGUCACAGUGGACGCAUCCAAACUCCAUCGAGAGCCUCUCUGGAAGCUCCUCUCCUCUCGAGCCCAACCUUGGCAAACAUGGUGCCAACCUGGGCCCUCCUGGAAAGCCUCAUCAGCUGGAAGACUCCUACAGCCCCUACAACCUGAUGUCCAGCUCAGAGUCUCCCACCAGCCCCCUCGUCCCCCCAGACAGCUGGGGGCAGGGCAAGAGCAGCAGUGACAAGAUGGCCAACGGGACCAAUAUCAACUGGCCACCAGAGUUCUGCCCCGGUGUUCCCUGGAAGGGUCUCCAGAAUAUCGACCCUGAAACCGACCCCAACGUGACACCCGGCAGUGUCCCCAGUGGGCCAACCAUCAACACCAACAUCCAAGAUGUCAACCGCUACCUGCUGCGGGACAGAAGUGGAGGCAAACUGUCGGAGAUGAAAUCUACGUGGUCUCCGGGCCCUAUUUCUCACAGCCAGGCCCCUCUGUCCCACGAGCUGUGGAAGGUCCCACAGGGCCCUCGGGGCAGCAACACGGCUCCCUCCCGCCCCCCGCCUGGUCUCACCAACACCAAGCCUUCGUCUACCUGGGGGGGGAACUCGCUGGGUUUGGCUCAAGGCUGGAGCAGCUCCUACACCACAGGCACCACGUGGAGUACUGACAGCUCCAACAGGACCAGUAGCUGGCUGGUUCUGAGGAACCUCACUCCACAGAUCGAUGGUUCAACUCUGCGGACGCUAUGCAUGCAGCACGGCCCCCUCAUCACAUUCCACCUCAACCUGACGCAGGGCAACGCCGUGGUGCGCUACAGCUCCAAGGACGAAGCUGCCAAGGCUCAGAAGUCCCUGCACAUGUGUGUGCUCGGGAACACCACCAUCCUGGCAGAGUUUGCUGGGGAAGAGGAGGUGAACCGCUUCUUUGCACAGGGCCAGCUGCUGGGCGGGACGACCAGCUGGCAGGCCACUCCAGGCACCAAUCAGACAAGGAUGGGCGGGACCGGGUCUGGAGCUUCACAUCCUAUUGGUCACUCGCCCCACUGGAAUAACAAUAACAGCAGUGGCGGCAGCAGCAGCAGCAGCAGUAGCAGCAGCGGAGCAAAGACGGGCGGCGAGUUGCUGUGGGGAGGUGUGCCGCAGUACUCCAGCCUGUGGGGACCCCCGAGCGGAGAGGAGGGACGGGUCGUGGGGAGUCCGACCCCGAUCAACACGCUGCUGCCUGGAGACCUGCUCAGUGGGGAGUCUAUGUAGGAAUGAAACAGGAUGGAAAACUUUGCAAAUCAUUGUGGAGAUAAUCAGUGUGGGUGUGACGGUGAAAAGGAGCGACGAAAGGAGGACGAGGCUUCAUCUUCGCUGCUCAUCCUCGCCGACCUCUUCGACUCCUUUUAACAUUUCAUUUGCAGUUUCUUCUGUGAAUCUUUGUGGGAAUUUUCUCACUUUUGGAGACACAGGAGGAAAACUUUCAUUCAACAAAGAAAGAGAACUUUUUACAACUUUGGAGAACUCGCUGUGUGAAACUUGUACUUUAGUCAAACUGACACAAUGACGAGCUGCCAUCCUGAAACUUGCGUAAUCCCUCUCUGCCUUUUGAGGCAAUCAUACCGCACCUCAGAGACCCAUUUUAAGGCAUCAUUCCCAAAGUUAAAAACCUUCAAUCAGAGUGGUUGUCGACCUUUCAGCUGGUCCAGACUCAACAUUUGUUUCUCUCAGCACUAAUAUUAGCCUUAACCUCUCUCCUGCCCUGCUAUCCUCACUCACUCUGUACUUGGUGAAGAAGCAUACGGACACUUGCACACCCUUAUUUCUGAGCCAGUUAAACCUGAGUGGAGAGUACAUGCUGCUGCGGAUUUACACGAACAACCACAGCUCACAACUUCAGUGCAUUUUUGCAAGCGGAUCGAUCGGAUUCCCCCACAACACGCUCAAAGGGAAUGAUGCAACUGUGUCCAAGCCAUUUAUUUUUGUAGUGGUUUUUGUUUUUAUGUUUGAAUUUUCUUCUUAAACCAUUGCAAACAAAGCUAAAAACUGAUACUCAAAUGUGUCUGUCAAUCUUACCUGGUGGGGUGAGAGUUUUAGGGGUCGUCAUGUGAACAUUCAAAGACGGGAUGGAUGACAUAAAUGAACCACUGCUAUUACUACGGAACUGUAAAGACAAAUAACUUCAAUGCACCUCAACUUUCUGCGAGAAACUCGCAGUUUGGUCUCAAUCUGUCGCACCUCCUACCAGUGUGUAGUCCCCCGAUUCUCUCUUCCGCUCCACCUGCAAAAACACCAUUUCAAGUGACGUGCAAUAUAAGCCACAGACUCUACCGUCCAAGCAAACCUACCAUAACCUCUCCAAGAAGAGAGAGGAGACUAUAAGGAAUGAUUGAACUGCAAAAGCUCUAUCUGCCCCAGCCCCCUUCAUCCUAAAACUGCCACUACUACCCCCCAUCUCCCCCGUCGAGAGGAGAGUAGCAAGCUGGUCUUCAACCACCCUCUGUCCAAAAUACAAGGACGUACUCACAAAGCACUUCUUCAGCCAGCCUACUCUCCACACUUAUGCCAGUGACUAAUUCUGGGGGAGACGGAGGGACGAGUGUGAGUGUCUUUCUGUGUGUGUGUUAGUGUGUGAAUGCUUGGGGAGACGGCAUCAAACCAAAAUGAAAGAAGCCUGUUUUCCCUUUUUACCCAGAAGACCAGAUAACCUUUAUUUUUCUUUCUUUUUUGCCCAAAUACAUAGAAAAGUAUGAAGCAAAAGGUUUGUGAAUAGGUGGUCUAUCAUAGCACUUAGCAAGAGCGCCGCAGCUCGUUUUACCCUUAAUGCCAACGACUAGAAGAAAGGAGAAGCAACACUGGCAAAUAAAAACUGACAAAAACAAAGACAAAAAAGCAAUCUGCUUAGUGGCUUCUCUAUAUACUUAUUUUUUAACUUAACAUGGAUGUGAAGAUUUUUUUUCUUUCAAUCCUUCUUCCCUCAAGUUGGUGGGACCAGGAAGGAUGUCAAACAUGGUAGCAAAGUGAAGGGAAAUACAAAGAUUGAACUUACAAGCUGAUGACGGGUGCAGCAGUGAGAAGCGCCCGCACUCACCCUGUUUAUCAGAGUAAAUAUCACUGUUACAUUGCAUACUUUGAAAUCUUUAGCCUUGGUGUCUGGAAACACUCGACGUGUUUAUGUUCUACUGGGUCCAGCAGGGAGGAUCGCCAUCUCUCUUUGUUUCUUUUUUUUUUUUUGGUCCUUUUAUUUUUGUCUUUCGGAGGCCCUGCCAACCUGUGUGAAAGUGUGGCCACUGAGUGCCUGCCUGCUGCAGAGUGCAUCGCUCUGCAGCAGCCCUCACCCCAUCCUCCCGCUCGCUCGCUCGCUGCCUCCCUGCGGAUCCCUACGAGACUGGCUUCCCUCUUCUUCCUCCCUUUUCGGCCUCCAGGUCAAGAGCAGCUCUUUCAGAAACUGGCCCACCUGUAUUAAAAUUUCUACUACUGCUGCGCCAGAGUCUGUCCUCAGCAACCUCCAACUCCACUCUCUCUCUGUCUCUCUCCUGCAAGGAUCACUUUACCCAGAGAUGGAGGCAUUUUGUGUUUUUUUUUCUUUUGGUUUUAAUAUGCCAGUGUGCAUUUUUAUUUUAUUGUUGUCAUGAAGUUUGCUGAUAUUGUUGCUGUUAUCAUUGACGAUAUAGAUAAUGAUUGUUUUCUGAUGAUGAUGAUGAUUUCUUGGCUUUUUAAUAUCAGUCAUUAUGCAGUGUUCAGCUUCUCUCCUGCCCCUCCUUCUACCUCCGAGGCAAAGCGUAGUUUCAGAGGUACGCCUCAGCUCCUCAGCUGUGCAGCAAGGCCGUUCAUGGUCAGUGUUGGGUAACGCUGUUUAGAAAAGUAAAUCAUUAUGUUACAAGAUUACUGCCAUUGAAAGUGACUUGUUAACUGAGAAAAGUAGCCCAGUAGAGUAUGCUUGCAUUUCCAAAAGUUUAACUCUUUUGCUACUUAUCACAUGAGUUAAAGGUAUCAUCAAGAUGGCACAUAGCCUGCUGUUUGCCUGCUUUAAAUAUGUCCACUCUGCUGUCAUUCUGCUGCUUUGUUAAAGUCCCAUAAUUGUUAAAUCUGCAGCCAAAUAGCAGGAUUAAUGGAAGUUAUAACCAGGGCUAUCAAAACUAAUCGCAAAGAUUCUCAACUGAUGCAUAAUUUUCUUUCAAAUUGCAAUCAAUUGCAUGCUUUCUUGUCCUUUUCAUCACUCUUUAGUUGAGCCAUGUCAAUUUUUCCUGUAUUUUAAGAAGGAACUAUAUAGCAGGUUACUUGAAUUGCAGGACUUAAAACUUAAUCCGAGUUCUCUGAAGAUGUUGCUCUUAACUGGUUUUAUCUCAAGACCCACCACUUCCUGCUUUGCAACCGAAAAUUUUUUAUAAUGCCUCGAGCAGUAGUAUGAAAAAUUAGCAGUUUUGACUUUGGAUAGAACAAAAUAUAUGACUGAAAAAAGAGACAGACCAAAGCAAGCAUGUUUUUAAAAUCUGAUUCUUACAGAAGCCCUGGGAGUGCAAGCAUGCUUACAUUUAGUUUUCUUUAUUUCCCACUAGUUUCUUGAGGAAUUACCCUGCUAUCUUCGGAAAACCAGCUUCUUCAGAGAAAAGGGGAAGAAUAAGUCAAACUCUUGGGAAAACAUCUUAAAAUUGUUCCCUUUCAUAGGAUAAUAGAGUAAAAUAAAACUUUUGGAUGUGCAACUGCUUAUUUCCUCCAGUACAUCAUGAUUUUUCCUUAUUUUUUUUAAUUCCAAGCGCAUAUUUGCAACCCACUUUUGGGUCCAGACCCACCAUUUGAGAUCUAAAGUAUUACUUUCAGAUGUGUUAUCCCAAUGCUGACCAUGAUAGAAAAGGCCAGGGGUUUUUUUCUUUAUCUUGGAGUCAGGCAGAGAGGGUUGAGGAGUCAAAUCUAGUGUAAAAGGUCACGUCAGAGAGCGCGUCCCUCCGCCAUAGUGAGCCAGCUUCCUCUUCAUACCACACUCACAUCCUUCAGUGUUGACGGGCCUCACUCACACUGGUGCUUUAUGUUUAACUCUGGGAGCACUCAGUUACACUUAGAACCACCUCGACUGAUAACAGCCUUCCAUUUCUAUGCAAAGACCAGGAGGUGUUCGUUCACAGCCAUCUAGACAAACACAGCCAUCCACCACAUCUGCCAAUCUCUGCUCAGCUCUCAACCUUUAUUACCAGGCAGCUGCCCUUAAAACCCCACUCCCACUCUGUCUGAAGAGGCUCUCUUAUCUUGGAGUAACUCAAUGAUACUAAAUGACCUGCUGGAGGCACUAAAGGUUGGCGAUCAGUCUUUAGUCUUGUGCCAACUCGUGUACAAAUCUUCCACUUUGCCAUAUCCUCAUUUCUCUUAAACGUGACAGGACUCUUGCUGCAGGAGGCGUCAGAGGGGUGUACCAUGAAGCCUUUUCAUCUUACUCAGACUUUUUUUGAGUAAACAGGCUCAACAGAGCCUAAGGUUUGAGAUAUUAUGAAGUAUGAAGCUGGCCGUGUACUUCUAUUUUGGCUCAAGCUGUGCGUACCCACAGUAAAGGGGGCAUUUAGCACUUCAUUGGACGCUUCCUGCACACAGAAAGGAGCAUCGGCUCUAUGAUUGUUUCAGAUUAAGAAAAGAGAUGGGAAUAUGUCAACAAUACAGGAAAAAAUUGUUCUUUUGCAGCACUACAGCAGAAACACUGCAUAAAGUUACUGUGUUAAUUCCUUUUUUAACUAAUUGCUUGGCAAAGUGUUUGCACUUCUUUUUGAAAGUUUACACAGCAGAACUCUCAAGCUUUUACAAUUAUUAACAUAAAAUCAGCUGUAUAAUCAGGAACUAUAAUAAGAUUAUAUGGCCUUUCACACCAUAAAAAUAUGGGAAUACUAGAUGCAUGAUAUUGGGGUUUGCUGUUGUCUAUUAUGAUAUUUGCAAAUUCAUUUUUAACUGGUACGAUAAUAUAAAUGUGGUUCAAACCUUCAAACAGACGAUAAAGUUUAAGGAAUGAGGAUGAACAAAGAAAAAGACUUCAGCUGAUGUAGGUCUGUUGGCCCUGCGUUCAAGUCUAAUUUAUUUGUGGAGUUUAUUUGUACAUACUGCUGAUAUUUACAGCCUGUAAAGGCUGAUAUAGAGCCCAUAAAUACAUAUAGUCUCAGCCAAUCUAUGCUCAUAUUUACAGCCUAUAUAGGCUGAUAGUUUCAGCCGAUAUAUGAUAUUUACAGUUGAUAGAGGCUCAUAUAUGGCGGAUCAAUGCAGAUAUUUACAGCUGAUAAAGGCUGAUAUUUUUAGCCUGUGUAGACUGAUAUUUACAGCCUAUAUAGGCUGAUUGUAGCCAAUCAGCCUCUAUCAGCUGUGAAUACCAGCAUCCAUCUUCUGGUAUCUGCAGCCUAUACUGGCUGAUAUUUACGUCCUUUAAAGACUGAUAUUUACAGCCGAUCGAUGUAGAUAUUAACAGCUGAAAGAGGCUGAUAUGUACCACUUCUGAAGACUGAUCUUUAUAGCUUAUAUUAGCUGGUAUUUACAGCUGAUAGAGGCCAAUAUUUCAAGCUUAUAUUAAAUGAUACUUUAAUUCCAUAUAGGUGUAUAAUUACAGCUAAUAUAUGCUAUUUAAAGCCAAAAAAUUAUUGUAUUAGGAACCUAUACUGGCUGAUAAUUAAAGCUAAUAGAGGCAGAUAUUUACAGCAUACAUAGGCUGAUUUUUACAACAAAUACAGGCUAUUUACGACCUUUAUAGACCGAUAUUUACAGCGGAUAGAGGCCUAUAUUUCAAGCUUAUAUCAACUGAUACUUCAAGUCUUUAUAGGUGUAUAAUUACAGCUGGUAUAUGCUAUUAAAAGCCAAAAAUGCUGAUAUUUCCAAACAAUACAGGCUGAUAAUUAAAGCUGAUAGAUGUAGAUAUUUACAGCCAAUAUACCUGUUGUAAUGAGGUAAUGAACAUUGCAAGCUUUCAUCUACCAAUUGUGAUAUUGUGCAUCCUUUGUGACUUUUAAUAACUUUAAUAUAUGAAGUCAAAUUGAUUAAUUGAAUUGUUUCAGUACAUUAAAAUGUAAUGAGCACUAAAGUCUGGAUUAUAUCUAAAGACCAGUUAAUUUGAAUUAAGUGUUUCAUUUUAAAAACAUGUUGCAUAGACUUUUCAGGAAACUUAAAGUGAUUUAAAGUGCAUCAGGGAGGAGUCCUCUGUGAUGUGGAGCCUACAGUAUUUGUUUCUGUAACUGUUAGGCUUUGUUUUUUUGGCAUUACAUACCUAACUUUAAGAUUGCUGAAGUUUCCAUUAAUAUUUUCCUUAAAACAGAGAUCUAUACUGAACAUUCUCACAUAACAGUGAAUGAAAAUAACGGCACUUUACAGCCGGUUUAGAACCAUAGCUCUGAUUAUAAAAACCUGGUACUGACGGGGUUAACAGAGGUAAACUGAGCCAGCUUCAUGACAUAAAAUCUCUGACUUUAGGCUCUACAGACCUGUCUUUUCCGGCUUCGUGGUACACCCUGCCGGAGUAUGAAGGCAGGACAGAUGAAUGGUGCUGGUAUUUAACAAACUGGAAGUCUAGUGGAGAAGCGGACUGCAGGAGGAGGAGGAGGGGCUGGGGUGGUCCCUGUAUGUGUCUGUGCACUGUUUAUGGGUCACAUCGGGUACAUCUCUUUAAAAACCAAAAACAUCUUUUUUCUUUAUCAUCGAGGUUUUUUGCAAAAACUAUAAACUACAAAAAAAAAAAAAAGUCUGUUCCAGCUGUGCACUCCGAGGCUGUGACGCCUGUUUCUCUGCAAGCCGCCGCCUUCUCACCCCGCCGUCCUGGGCGGGGCAGCUGUAUCCAGGCGGUUCAUUCAUGGACCUCCGACCUGAAGGCGGCGCAAGCAGGUUCAUAACAACAGGCCGUUUCUGCACACCUGGCUUUGUCGGCGCAGAAAUGGGGACACACCUCAAGUUUGGUACCAAGUCUUAAAACUUUUUCGCACUCUUCCUGAGUCGACUCGCAUCAUUCAACAAAACAAUCACUAUUGCCUGUUGUCGUCUGUUUGUGUUUGUUCCUGAAAACCUGCAUUUACUCCACACUGGACUCGAAUCAAUGGACUGGCGUUGGAGUCAAACGGAGGACGAGGGCAGGUGACAGGGAGCGAGGGCGGGUUUCUGAUGUGCCCUGGAUUUCUUGGCGCAGCACCAGCACUAAGAGCCCCGCCCCCUUCCUCCCGCACCCCUCUCUACUCUUAUCUACCUGUCUAGUGUUGGAAAUCAAAAAUGCUUGCCCUGUUUUUUGAAGUCGCACGGACUCAGAGGCAACUGGAGCUCAAGCAAAACCUGCGUCUCAAUCAUGGAUCAGCCCUGAAAAGAGUCGAAUUAGCAGAUCUCUAAGGCCUGGGUUGAAUAUGCACAUGCUAGCUCAUAUACAUACACAACCACGAGUACAGAACGGCUGUGUUUGAGUAUAUGACUAGAUCUCUCUGUUUUCCCUUCAGCCCUUAUCGCCUGUGUAUCCUCCUCGACGUUAUAUUCCCCAGAAGACAAGAUCAUAAACAUAUCAGAGUAAUACAAAAUAAUGAAAACAAAUACUUGAAUCAAAAGAAGCGCCAAUAAUGUAAUGUGAACACUUUUUGUAGUGGUUUUUUGUCUCAUUCAUACACUUCAGAGAUUUUUGAUAGCAUCGGUUCAGCGUGAAUCAAAUUUGUUGAAAACAAAGAUCGAUAAAAAGGCAAAUUUACAUCUGUUGUAUUUGAGUGUUUGCACAAGGCUGCUUGUACUGUAUGUCGUACGAAUGACAGUUUAUUUAGCGUGGAAAUGUGCGUGAGAGCUCGUGAUUACAGCGGAUGAACAUCCGCCUUGUGAUUCUUUUCAAUUCAGUAAAUUUUUUUUUUUUUUUUUUCGCUUGUCGGAGAUAUAUUCUGAUGUUAAUUGUUACUAGCCUCUAGCGUUGCACUGAGUGUCGGCCUCACCCCUCAUCCAGCUAAAUGAACAACAUGAUACAAGUACUGAGGGGGGACGGGGACAGUUCAUGUGUAAAUGUUUACUCAAGGACUAAAAUAAGUGUGUUUUUAAAAAAAAAAUGUAAUGUUUAUCUACCUUAGUGGCUUUCAUUGUGGAAUAAUCCAAGAAAGUAUGGAUCAUAAUGGACCGUAUACCCACGGCGGCCACGCUCUUGUGACUUAGCACAAAGGGUGGGGAAUGCAAAUGCUGUCAUCAUGUCGUACUGUUAUUCUUGGGGUAAUUUGUCAUAGAAACGCCAAGAUUCUGCCUGAUGUUUUUAUUUUGUAAUCUCCUGACUGAAAAGGACUGUAAAGAUGUUGUGUACUGAAAAUCCAUUGGGAGAUUGGACCACAUUUCUUGUUAAAAAACAUGUUUGAGCUAAUGUAAGCACUCAGCCACAUCAUUCUUAACAUUGCAUAAUCAUGGAAAUGGUAGGAAAUGCCUGCAUUACGAUGCAUCAUCUCCUCCUCUUGCAGCGGUGUGAACUGACAGCCUUCAGACUGCUGUAGGGCGGAUCUUUACUAGCAGUUUCAACUGAUUUCAUUGCUAAUCUGUGGUCUGAACUGCGCUUAAGAAGUCUGGAAUUUUGAAUUGGCAGUCUAACUGGUGGAUUUCAACUUUUCCAUCAGUUUUAUAGCUCUCUUGUCAAACUCCACUGUUUUUUUUCACCUUCCUGUAUCUUUGAAAACUGCUGCCUCUGGUCAAAAUUUUGCACAAGCAUAAUGAUAAUAUUAUUCACUGAAUAUUUGUAGAGCUAAAGGAGAGGUUACUGUCAAAAUUCCACAAAAUUUCAACGUGCAUGAAAGCUGGAAGAAGCCUUCGAAAAAACAGAAAGCUUCAUGUUUUCCACUUAUGAGCUGCAUGAGUGUCACCUUUGAGUUAUCCGACCAUUCUAAAAGCGUUUCAGUCUUUUCCACAGAAUUAAAGGUCACAUAUUUUACCCCUAUUAGAAAAGUUUAUAUUGGUCUCAGAGGUCCCCAAAACAUGCCUGUGAAGUUUGUUGCUGAAAAACCGCUCCAGUAAUGGAUUGUUGUAUGUCU